GAUUACGGAAGCCUGCGUAGUCAAAAACAUUUCGAUGGAAACGGGCAAAGGUUAAAGAGACGCCAUUGUGCGAAUUUAAACCUCUUUAAAUCAUGUUUAACCGACAUCAGUUUGGUACGAACAGCUGUUAGUUUUACUUUAGUCCGUCUGUAGCCUCUCUAACUCUGGCCCGCGUCCUGUGGUAGUUUGGUCAACUAUAUCCGUAGAUGCUUUUUCGUGCGGAGUCCGGUUCGUGGAAGUGGUUAAACCCGCCAAACAGCCUCUGUCCUCGGCUGCUGCAGGAUUGUUUUGAACCUCCGGGCUCCGCCGGCAGCUUCACGCUGGGGGGAAGAUGUCGCAGAACGGCGGGUUUCCGUGGACGGUGGUCGUCCUCACCUGCCAACACAAAGACAGCGUGUACGCUUUCCAGAGAGAGCUGGAGUUGCGGCAGCAACGAGGGACUCUUCCUGGGGAUGCGCUGCUUUUGACCGUCAGGGACCGCCAGGAGCCGCUGGGCAGUGGAGGGGCCACACUCAACGCUCUGCUGGUCGCUGCUGAACACCUGAGCAACAGAGCGGGACACACAGUGGUGACAGCCGACGUCUUGGAUGAAGCUCACAUCCUCAUCCUCCACACAGGUCGGGAUUUUCCUUGGAGCUCCUGCAGCCGAGCUUUCUGCUGGCUUCCCGAAGAGAAGCCCGGGCAGAAAGUCCAGGCUCCGGUCUGUGUUCUGGAUCUGCUGCUGGACCGGCUCAGCACCCAGAUCUGUCCAGGUUCUCCUCCUGGGGUCUGGGUCUGCAGCACCGACAUGAUCCUCACCGUCCCAACAGACUUUGCUUUGUCCUGGAGCGGGUUCUCUGGAGUUCGGGUCUUGGCGGUGCCAGGCGACGUCUCCUACGCGGCCGAUCACGGCGUCUACCUGGCCGACUCACAGGGUCGGGUCCGGGACAUCAUCUACAGAGGGUCCAGGGAGCAGAUCCAACGAGCGCUGAUGCCUGAUGGGAAAGUCCCGCUGGUUUCAGGUCCGGUCUUCUUCUGCAGAUCCGUCUCGGAGAAGCUGCUGCAGACUCACGUCAGUCCUCCUCUGGACGGCUGCACCUACCUGGGCCUGGACUCUGGGGCUCCACCCCUCCAGAUCUCGCUCUUCUUGGACCUGUUGAAGUGUCUCUGCGCAGAUCUGACCCAGGAUCAGUUUGUGGGCGAGGACAGAGCCGGCUGCAGUUCCACAGCCGGCCCGCAGGGGGCAGCAGUGAGGGCAGGCAGGGCGGAGCUGUGGAGGAUCCUUAGAGGAGCUCCACUUUCACUGGUGUACGUCGCCGGUGGCCGCUAUGACUACCUGACUCUGUCCGGGAAGCAGCACGUCGACCGCCUGACCUCUGAUUGGAUGGACAGAAACACUUUGUCUCACAUUCAGACCGAGAGCCUGCUCAGCGAGGGAGCUCGGAUCAUCAACAGCGUUCUGGAUGGAGACGUUUGUGUGGCGACCCGGGCAGUGGUGCAACACUGCCACCUACAGGGUCCUCUGGACGUCCCCUCUGGGUGUUUGCUCUCAGGUCUGGACAUGUCGGCGUCAGCGUGCAUCAGGCGGCUCGCGCUUAGCAAUGACAUCAUCAUCCAGGGACAUCGGAUUGAGCUGGGGGAGCUGAAGCUAAACGUGUACACGGCGAUGGGCGCGCACGACAAUCUGCAGGUUUCCUUUAAUGACAGCAGCGCCUCCUUCCUGAACCAGACCUGGAGUGUCCUCUUCAGCUCUUUAGGAAUACAACCGGAGGAGCUGUGGGUGAGGGGAGAGCAGUGCUCCCUCCUGGAGGCUCGUCUUUUCCCAGUCCUGCACCCUAGAGGGGGUGCUGUGGGUCUUGAGGGGGGUGUGGGCUGGCUGCUGGGGGGUCCGGGCUGCCUGCAGAGGUGGAGGGAGGCAUGGAGGGUCUCUCUGAGGGAGGUGCUGUCGCUCACUCACCAGGAGGCGGAGCUGCAAUGGAGGGAGGAGCUGCUGUUCCUGGUGGGGAGGAGGAGAGUGACCGACGCCCUGCGGAGUCGCACCGACGUCUGCCUGCUGCCUUGCUUCAGGGCGGCAGUUCAGGGAGGGCAGCAGGGGGCGCUACUAGAGACUCUGGACUGCAUUGCUGCUGGACGCGUGGAGGAGGCGGAGCCAGGGGCGGAGCCAGGAGAGCAGCUGGGCGUGUCUGCUCGCUGUCUCUCCUGCAUCGCCGAUGUGCUGGUGUGCAUGGCGCAGGGGAAAGGGGGCCUGAGGAGCGGUCCAGCUGCUAACGAGGCCUGGAGCUCCGCCUACUUCCUGCUGGAGGAGGGAAACCUGAAGGAAGGAGUUUCCGCCCUUGCUGCACAGCGACAGCACUGGCUGAGCAGGCCGGACCUGCUGGUGCGGGCGGCCCGGCACUACGAAGGUGCUGGCCAAGUUCUGCUGCGACAAGCUGUGAUGUCAUCACAGAGGUUCAUCUCCAUUGGACAGGGGGAGGCCCCGCCUAUCGGGGAGUGGCAGGAAGUGGAGUGCCCAGCCAGACUGGACCUGGCAGGUGGCUGGAGCGACACGCCGCCGAUCGCCUUUGAGCAUGGCGGAUCAGUGACGAACAUCGCAGUGAAGGUCGACGGCAAACGUCCGAUCGGAGCGAGAGCUCGGCGCAUCGUUAAACCCCACCUGCUGUUGGUCAGCCAUAGCGGAGGGCGGAGCGGGGCUUCCACGGAGACGGUGUGUGACACCCUGGAUGACCUGAGGGACUAUUGUCAGCCUCACGCUCCUGGAGCUUUGUUGAAGGCAGUCUGUGUGUGCAGCGGCCUGGUAUCUCUGUCCUCGCCGCGUCCUCUGGAGCAUCAGCUGAUGCAGAGCUGGGGGUCAGGGGUGGAGCUGCACAGCUGGUCGGAGCUGCCCACCGGAUCCGGACUGGGUACCAGCAGUAUCCUGGCGGGGGCGCUUUUGGCGGCGAUUUACAGGUGUACAGGCCGAACGUACGACACGGACUCCCUGAUCCACGCGGUCCUGUACCUGGAGCAGAUUCUCACCACAGGUGGCGGCUGGCAGGACCAGGUGGGAGGCCUGGUGGGCGGAGUCAAGGUGGGCCGUUCCCGAGCGUCUCUGCCCCUGCAGGUGGAGGUGGAGCGUCUGAGUCCCCCCCCUGAGUUCCUGGUGUCUCUGGAGCAGCACCUCCUGCUGGUUUACACCGGAAAGACUCGUCUGGCUCGAAACCUGCUGCAGGAUGUGGUUCGCAGUUGGUACAGCCGUCUGCCGUCGAUGGUCCUGAACGCCCAGCAGCUGGUGUCCAACUCUGAGGAAUGUGCCAGAGCCUGUUUAGACGGCUCCCUGUCCAGGCUGGGUCGGUGUUUGGACCGCUCAUGGCAGCAGAAGAAGCUGAUGGCUCCUGGAUGUGAGCCGGCCUCGGUCAGAACCAUGAUGGAGGCCCUGAGGCCGCUGGUCCUGGGUCAGAGCCUCGCAGGGGCCGGAGGGGGCGGCUUCCUGUACCUGCUGACCCGAGAUCCCAGACAACAGCAGGCGGUGCUGCAGGUCCUCAGAGACACACCGGGUCUGGGAGACUUCAGCGUUCACUCAGUGGAGCUGGAUAUGGAGGGAAUCGCAGUCCUGUCGGCAUCCUCUAAUUAACAGGCUGUAAAUUUAGGGGUUAAGAUUCAUUCUGACGUCACAGUGAAGUAAAAAUAAUAUAAUUUUACAUUCACAGUCUAACAUGGAUUAUAGACUUGAUUAUGUUUGUGCUCUGAAACAUCCUGAUAACCUGUUGUGGUUUACAACAUCCCUCUGAGGGCAGAUACAGUCAUAUUGAUCACUCUCGCCCAUUGAAACUGAACAUUAUCAUUUUAUUAUAUAAAUCAAGUAUGUUUUUGUAUUUUAAGUUUUUUCUUUUUGUUCCAAAGAUGUAUUUACUAAUCUACAUUUCUAUCAACAUUCUUGAUCUGUGGAAUUAUGAAAUAAAAAAAAAUAAUAAUUCUAA